AUGGUUAAAGAUUUGAUGCUUAUCUAUGUCAUCAAUUUGAAUACUUCUCCUGAAGAGCGUUUGAUACCAUCACCAUGUACGUGCCGUUCAGUAGCUUGUAUAGCCGGUCUUCAUCUUCCAGAUGAGGCGUAUAUUCCAGGACACUCUGAUGUAGAGGUCAGCGCUGCUACAGGAUAUGUCAUACAAGUCCUAUCUUUAUUAUCGAGAAUAUAUGAUUUUCCUUACCAAUAUCGCAUGUUAUUUUGGGGGUCGAAAUCAACAAUCAAAAAUCCAGUAAAUGAGGAAAUCCAUCAUCUCUAUGGCUUGACCAGAAAACGGGAAAAUCAAGAAGGAAUCUUUUUAUUGAAUAAAAAUUUAGCUCAGCUCCGGUGGUCAUUUGGUUUAACAACGAAGAAAUUUGGCAAAACUUUAUUCAAUUUACAAGAUUUACUGCUUCAUAUUGUAAACGAAAGGUAA